CCACAACACCAGAUGUAAACAGUUGUGUUGUGUGUGUGAUGGAGGGCGACUGUGCUCUCCUCGGGAGGACGACACUGCAACACAACCACGCAUUUGAGCUGUGACUCGACCUCUUAUAUUCCUCUAAUAGGAAUAUGCUUUCAUCUAUAGGCCUACGUCGACGCAUAUGAGUGAAGAUGAAAGUAUAUGGCAGAAGAAAAGAUUCUUAAGAUGCUAAUACUGGACAGCCAGCAUGGGAAAACACAGCCAAAGAAGACAACUAGUACACAGCAGGUGGGAGAGAAAGGCCAUUCCUCAGAGAACUUCAGGCUGGCUGGAGGAGGUAACUAUAGAGCAGUGUGACAGCCCACAGAUAGAUGAAGCAGAUAAUGAUCCAGCUGAUGCCAAUGGAGAAGACGUUGGCAAGGAUCAAAACUCAAGAAAUGUAGGUGAACUGCAUAUUGAGGAAGUAGACGAGUGUGGAACAAAAUUUGUCGUUCACAAUUCACAGGUCACUAAGAGAGAAAAACAUCAACAUUGUCAUCGAGUGAGAAACAAAUCCAGUAGCAGCCAUCGUCCACCUCUCGAGGUGUGGACACGACGUACAGGCAGACCUUCUUGCCCUGUCAAUAGUGAGAGAACAAUACUAACUGAAAGGAAAACAAUUCUUUAUGGACAAACUCCAGCUGCCAUGUGCCAAAUCCAAUUAAAUGCCAUGGCAGAAGCUGCAGGAAUGUCAGUAAGUGAAUUUGCAAGACAUAUAAUGGCAGGUGACACGCACAAAACUUUGCAGCUUCUGAGAGAGUUCCACACGCCUCACGUGCCUCAACUUACCCAGCUAUUUGAUGAGCUUGAUGCUUGUGCCUUGUCAGAAAGCCCCUCAGAACAGCCGAAUCAUGGCAGUGGAAACUUCUUUUUGGAUGAUGAAGCACUUGUUGAGAAUGAAGAAUACUUUAUAUCAAAUAGGAAAGCUGUUGCAAGAGUUGAUUGUAACACCUUAAAAAAUAAUAGAGUUGGGUGCAAGACUUCAUUAAGAGCCGAGUCAAGGAAAUGUGACACAUGCACAACAAUUCCAAGUGUUAGUAGAGACAAAAAUUAUUUAAACAAUAAGAAUUCUGAGCAAAAUGAUAAUUGUUUAGAGUUGGAGGAAGUGAACUCUUUUAAGAAAAAUGGCUCGAGUGUCAAAGUAAGAGGCAGGAAAGGAUUUAAUCUAACUCCAAGAGAGGUAAUAAUGGAUACCAUUACUGUCAUACCAGACACAGAGAGUGAUGCUACUGCAGGCAGUGAAAGUGACUCGGAGAUGGUUGUUAAUGAUUUAAUUCCACACGUACCACAGCCAAGUGAACACCAACUGGCACGUGCUCAUAUGGUAAAGCCUUCACACCUUAAUAGAAUUAGUGUUAAAAGUAGUAGCUUACUUUCUGAUCCUCCAACUUUGUCAACUGCUUCACUUGGUUUUCGAAAAAGCCAGUUAAGAGAAGAGAGCUCCGAUUUAAAUUCAUUUGAAAGACAACAAAAUCCCACACAUGAGAUUUCUACUCAACAAACAAACAAAAUGCAUGACAGUGAUUACAAUACAGUGUUGGCUGGAUUAUUUGAAGAUGAAUUAUCAGCACCUCAAGUUCUUGAAAGUAAUCGGCAAACAAAAAUUAUAAAUAACAAUUCACACAAUCUUCAGUCAGACAAAACAGAAUUGUGUGAAAAUAAUCCAAGGAAUGCAAACAGUACUGGGUACUACAACAGAGUAUUGGAUACUCUCCUAUUUGGGGAAUGCACUCCUCUUCCACCUUUACAGUCGGGGUGCCAUAAUAAGACUGCAACUAGCAUUGAACAAACUCGUCCAACUCUUGCAUCAUCUCAGGAUAAUUUUACUGCCAGCUCCAGUCAAUACUCAUCAUCUGAUAUUGAUAAAUUGUUGUUUGGCUCACCACCAGAGGAAGUAAAUAAAGAACUCAAGGGAAAGGUCAAACAAUGUUUACAAACUGCAAGUGAUCAGCAAAGUCAAAGGCCCAUAACAUUAUCCCAAGAGUUGAGUGAAUCUCCAUGGGCAACUCUUGGAAUUUAAUCGACUUGUACAGAAUAUGUUUAAGAAAGAUAAAAAUCACAAUAAUUUGCAUGUGAUUCUUUAGUACUAUUUAAAGUAAAGUAAAAUGAUAUUUUGCCUAAAUGCAUAAUUUCACGAGUUUAUUCAGUGGCAAUUUUAUUUCUUAUUAAGUAGUAAUAUUUCUUUCAUAUAUUUUGGAUCUCACAUAUAAUGUAUGCAAGAUUUUAAUAAAUAUUUUAUGAAU